UGCAGAAACAGCUCAUUUCUUCUUCUUCCCGCCGCAUAUAUAUAAGUUUAUAUAUAUCUACAAAAUGAACCAGCAGCAGAGACAAUCUAACGAAGAGCAAGAGCAACCCAAGCAUGCCGACACAUCAUUUAGCCAUAUGGUUGAGCAGCACAGUGAGCCGGUGCCGAUAGCAACGACGGCGGUGUCGAGAUUCGAGCGCGGGAACAUCACCAUCGGAGAGGCGCUUGAAGCUACGAUCCUCACAUCAGGAGACAGGCCGGUGGAUUACAGCGACGCCGCGGCAAUCCAGGCGGCGGAAGUGAGAGCAACCGGCAGGAUCAACAUAAUCCCCGGCGGCGUCGCGGCGGCGGCGCAGUCUGCGGCCACUCGCAACGCCCGCAUCUCCAGAGACGAGGAUAAGACCAAACUGAGUGAAGUUUUGGCCGGCGUGAGAUCGAAGUUGCCGUCGGACAAGCCGGUGACGCGCCGGGAUGCGGAGGGAGUGAUAAGCGCGGAGCUGAGGAACGAUCCGAAUCUGGCGACUCGUCCGGGAGGCGUGGCGGCGUCUCUGGCGGCGGCUGCUAGGCUUAACGAGAGCAAUCAACAUUCGAAGCAAAACAACAACAACAAUGGCAACAGCAAUAACAGCAACAAAUGAAGGAAGAUAAACUUGAAAAGGAAGUUGCAGUUGCAGCACUCUGUUUGUUUAUUUUGUUUUUCUGUUUGGUGCCGCGUGCGUUGUGUUCUCUAAUUUGAAUAAAUAUUAUAAAUUGGUGCUUU